AUGAUUAGAACUGUUGGAUCCCUUCGUGUCGGCACGUUGCGUCUUGGCGCCAGCCUUAUGUCUAAGGCUCGCCCUGCCUUCAGAACCUACGCUGCCUUUGACCGUUCCAAGCCUCACGUCAACAUCGGUACCAUCGGCCACGUUGACCACGGUAAGACCACUUUGACCGCCGCUAUCACCAAGGUUUUGGCUUCCAAGGGUGGUGCCAGUUUCUUGGAUUACGGUUCCAUUGACAGAGCCCCUGAGGAGAGAGCCAGAGGUAUCACUAUUUCCACUGCCCACGUUGAGUACCAGACUGAUAAGAGACACUACGCCCACGUCGACUGUCCUGGUCACGCUGAUUACAUUAAGAACAUGAUUACCGGUGCCGCCCAGAUGGACGGUGCCAUCAUUGUUGUUGCUGCUUCCGAUGGUCAGAUGCCUCAGACCAGAGAGCACCUUUUGUUGGCCAGACAGGUUGGUGUUCAGAACUUGGUCGUUUUCGUUAACAAGGUUGACACCAUUGACGACCCUGAGAUGUUGGAAUUGGUUGAGAUGGAAAUGAGAGACUUGUUGACCACCUACGGUUUCGAUGGUGAUGAGACUCCUGUUGUCAUGGGUUCUGCUUUGUGCGCCUUGGAGGAGAGACAGCCAGAGAUCGGUGAGCAAGCCAUCAUGAAGUUGUUGGAUGCCGUUGACGAGUACAUUCCAACCCCACAGCGUGACUUGGAGCAGCCUUUCUUGAUGCCUGUUGAGGAUGUCUUCUCUAUCUCCGGUAGAGGUACUGUCGUCACCGGUAGAGUUGAGAGAGGUUCCUUGAAGAAGGGUGAGGAAAUUGAGAUUGUUGGUGACUUUGACAAGACCUUCAAGGCUACUGUUACUGGUAUUGAGAUGUUCAAGAAGGAGUUGGACGCUGCUAUGGCUGGUGACAACGCUGGUAUCUUGUUGAGAGGUGUCAAGAGAGAUGAGAUUACCCGUGGUGACGUUUUGGCUAAGCCAGGUACCGUCACUCCUCACACCAAGAUCUUGGCCUCCUUGUAUGUUUUGACCAAGGAAGAGGGUGGUCGUCACAACCCAUUUGCUGAGAACUACAGACCUCAGUUGUUCCUUAGAACCACCAACGUCACUGGUACCAUGAAGUUCCCAGAUGGCGAGGAGGACCGCUCCCGUAUGGUCAACCCAGGUGACAACGUUGAGAUGGUCAUCGAGUUGGGCAGAAAGGCUCCAAUUGAGUUGAACCAGCGUUUCAACCUCAGAGAGGGUGGUAAGACCAUUGCCACUGGUUUGGUGACAAGAAUUAUCGACCAUAUGCUCCUGCCAGCUCUAGACGUGGAGCUGUAUGUUGGCUUCAGACCCUAUGAAUUGACAAAAGACCGCGUUGAACUCUAUUCGAAUCAGCGACGCCUUUUGAUCUCGAAGAAGCAGGUAACAGUGAUCCAUGGCAUUGUGCUUUCAAAAAAGCUUGUAUACGAAGAAGAUGUCGUAGCUGCUGCCUACACAACGUUUCGAGCAAAUCGCCAGAAGUCAGAGUCGACAAGUUCGUUAGAUGAUGUGGAAGCUUUAGCAGUUUGUCUAUCCAAGGCGGCAUAUAUCUAUUACCCUGGAGGACAAUACUACGUGGUGAGUUUCCCCUUCACAUUGAAAAGAGCUUUUCCAUUUGAGUCUGGGCUUAUACUAGAAAGAGAGCAGGAUUCGCUUUCGAAAUUGCCCACAUCCAGUCAGUACCAUGGGUACCGCUUCUUCACGCUUGUGGACCCAAUUGGCGACUUCCGUGUGGUCACAACAUCAUCGACAUCUGUUGUGACUUCCCAAGAGAAUUUGGUUUACUUUCCCAAACUAGGUAUCAAUAAAACGAGGUCCCUAUGUGCUACUUUCAGCCCAAGAAACAAUACUGUCACGAUAUAUCACAUCAAGGCUUCGACGAGACACGCUGUGGUGGGAGGUUCUAGCAUGAGGAAGCGCAAAAAUCACUCUCUCUCUACGCCCAACCCUUCCAAGAAGUUGGAGGACGACAUCUUGCAUGAAUUUAAUCACCCUUUCUCGGGUUCCACAUCUCAGAACAUGGAAAAGAAGCGCACGAGCACUCUUCUAUCUGGCGUUUCUUCAAUUGGUCGUAUGGGCUCGGAAUCGGGAUUCUCUGAAAGCGGGAAAGUUACCAACAAUGUGGAGUUUUCUGGUCUUCGAAAGGAUAUGAUUCUCACGAAAGCUGACUCAAUCACUGUAUCGGCCAAAAAAGAUUACAUUACAACCACGGGUCUCUACUAUCAGGAUGAGGAGGCUAUUGUCAUCUCCAACAAAGUGUCCAAAGAGACUCAAGUUCUCAUAUACAAGCUGCAAAGUGGCUACAUUUCCCAGCAUGAGUCUUCAGUCACCCUUAAUUGUCUUCAUGCUAUCCCUCUAGAGCAUAGCAGGUUUCCAGGAUGGCUUCUUGUCCUCAAAGAUGAGCUGUCACUUCAAUUGGUUCACCCCUUCUUGGACAUUACUGCUCCUGUUGUUGACCUUUCGUCCAAUUACCCAGCGAUGUCUCGAAUAAGUAGCUCGUACGACAACAUCGUUGUUCUUGUUGCAAAUAACGAAGAGACACAUACUGUGAGAUUGGUUCUCGAGCCGUCGAAUCAAUUUGUGUCCACCUGUCUCAAAAUAUGGAGAUAUCUUUCUGGUUCAAAAAUUAACGAGCACGUCUGGGUGUUCUGGCGCUCAGCUUUGACGCUUGAUGAUCAACUGGAUGAAUGGAACGCUUACGUGAUCAUGAUCCUCUCGUUGGUCUACCCCUUCGAUAGUGGAGAGAUUGAGGUCAGUAGCAAUCCAAUUACGGACCUUCUUCCUUUGGCAAAGAAGCAUCAUGAAUACUUCGAUUUUGGUUACUCGUUGCAGGAGCUUUUGUCCUACAUUGUGGUUGCUCUCCACUUAAUCUAUGAAGAAUUGAAGCUUGACACACUUGCGAAGCAAAAUCUUGAAAAGUUGGGAUUACUUCUUACGCAACUCACAACGUGGAUGGGAUGGCUGGACCAGUGGACAACAUUUUAUAUGGUGGAUUCCAGUAUGAUUGAUAGGACUACGAAGCUUCUACUGACGGUUCUUCUCUACAAUCCUCCAAACCUAUUUGAGAGCCUAGCGUCAGUAUUCGACAGCAAGCGUUCUCGGUAUCCUAAGUUCUCGCAGUUGGUAGAAGAGGGUGACAGCAUUAAUAUGACCAUGACUCCAAGAACACACAUAGUUCUCCACAUUUUUGAGCUAAUGGUCUCUCAACCAGCUAGAGCGGUUAUAAAAGCCUUAUCUGGUUUUGGUAUCACAUCAAAUGACUUGGAAUCUUACCCUCUCGGAAUAAGCAUACCUAUUAAAGAGUGCCUUCUUCAAUGUCAGCAAGACCCUGACCUUUCCUGGGGUAGUGAUAUUCUCAGACUUAUUGGUAGAAGUGAUUUGACGGUGACAUUGGAAGACCAAGACGAACUCAUUCACAGCAACGGUAACGGCCCAUUGAGUCUCAAAAACCUCAAAUCCAAUGAAACCAAGAGUUCGGAGGCUAUUGUAUCCGAGAUUUUGGAACCUUCGAAAAGGAAGGUAGACCAUUUUCAGUCCGAAUCGGAAAGGUCGCAGGUCACGGAUUUGAUUUUCGACCAGGACAGAAGGUUUUAUGAGAUUCUCAACCUCCUCAAUCAGACUAAGGUGCAGAGUACAACUUUGGUUGUGGAUGAGAAUCAAAACGAAUACGAUUCAACGCUUCUUAAAAGAGAAGUUGCAUCAUUGGUUGCUCUUCGUACAUUGACACUUCCGCUAGGCAGAGCAGCCCUCAACUACGAGGAGUGUAAGCCAAUGUUUACCGAAAAGUUUCCAAUUCCUGAUCUUAACUUGAGUACGAUAAUAGCCCCUUCAAUGUCCACCAUUGUGCUCAAUAAGGAUCUGAUAUUUCAUAAACUCUAUGAUUGGGGCUCGUUUCAUAAUGGUGCUUCGUCAGGUCUCAGUAUCAGCCGGAAGUGUGAGGGCAUUACCGGAAGUUGGGCGUUUUACAACAAGCCGUCCGAAAACUUUGCGCAACACGCUGGAUUUCUACUUGGGCUUGGAUUAAAUGGCCAUUUAAAAAAGUUGGAGGAAUGGCACAUCUACAACUAUCUUGGUCCGAAGCAUCCGCUCACCAGUAUAGGUCUCUUAAUUGGUAUGGCUGCAAGUUUGAAGGGGUCAAUGGAUAACAAACUCACAAAAGUCUUGUCGGUGCAUGCUGUGGCUCUCUUACCUCAGGGCGCCAAUGACUUGAAUGUUCCCAUCACCGUUCAAUCUGCUGGUUUGAUUGGUAUCGGUCUUUUAUACCUCGAGACACAACAUAGAAGAAUGAGUGAUAUCUUGUUGUCGCAAGUGAGCGGAGCAGUGUCUCAUAUCGAGCAUGAUGAGGAGUUCGAAGGGUACAUGCUUGCGGCAGGAUUGGCUUUGGGUUUCAUCAACUUGGGCAAAGGUGACACCUUGAGAGGUAUCAACGAUACACACGUCGUGGACAAGCUUCUUUCGCUCUCCACAUCGAUGAGGGACUCUCAGUCGGAGCUUGAGCUGGAUAAAUCUGGAUCCGCUGCUAUCAUGGCAUUGGCUUUCAUGUACUUGCGGACGGAGAAUCAGGUCAUAGCCAGGAAGCUUCAAGUUCCGGAUUCAGAGCACCUUCUUGAUUACGUGCGGCCAGACUUGCUUCUCUUGAGAUCAGUUGCAAAGAAUGUGAUUUUAUGGGACCAGAUAAGGGCUACCACGCAAUGGGUCGACUCACAAGUCCCCGAGGUCUUAAGAGUAAGGCACAACUUCAACAACAUAGAAAGCCUAGACAGCGACCAGGUAGGCUACUUCAAUGUUUUGGCAGGUGCCUGCUUAGCUAUGACUUUGAAAUACGCUUCAUCCCAAAACUUGAGUGCGAGGACAACCCUACUUGGGUACCUCGACAAGUUCAUGGUCAUCACAGAAUCUACAGCGGUAAAUUACGACGAGCAAGUUGCUCUCAACUGUGCCAGUCAGAUCCAAAAUGUUCUUGCGCUUGCAGUAGCUGUGGUGAUGGCUGGAAGCGGAGAUCUAGAGGUGUUUCGUCGGUUGAGAGUGCUUCAUGGUCGGAUCAGCAAGACGCAUCAAUACGGGAACCAUAUGGCGGUAAAUAUGGCCCUUGGGUUUUUGUUCAUGGGAGGCGGCCAAUACGCUUUUGCGGACUCUAACUUUGCCGUGGCGACUUUGUUCACAGCGCUUUACCCCAUCUUCCCUGCCGAAUCGAACGAGUUUGAGGUACAUCUCCAGGCGUUGCGCCAUUUCUGGGCAUUAUCUGUGGAGCCUAAGUGUCUCAUUAUCCGAGAUGUUGCGGACGGACGGCCGGUCAAACUUCCAGUUACUAUCGUCAUGAAGGAUGGAUCUAAACGAGAGAGUACAGCUCCCCAGCUUCUUCCACGCAUUGAGCAGAUUGCGUCGAUCGAGGUUAAAGCGCCGGAAUACUUCAAUGUGAAGAUGGACUUUCUGGUGUCUUCGGAGUACAUGGACCAAUUUCGAGAGUCACUCACGCUUUUCGUCUACAAGAAGUGCAAUUACGAGCUUCUCAAGACCACCGUCACCACUCUCCUCAAGAACGAAAGUAAGGCUUUGCAGAUAGCAAAUAAAGAGGUGGCCGUGAACAAGGAACUUGCGAGUCUCCUUGACGUCCAGCUUCUAAGCCCACUCACCCAGUUUGAGAAACAAAUCUACCUUUACGAAAGCGGGGUGGAGCACCUGAGCGACCCGAACAAAUCGGGACUUAGCAUGUUCAACAUGAUCGCCAACAAAAUCGACCUUCAUCUCAUGGCCACCCAGCCACGGGAUGUUCAAGAUCUCCUCAGUCUAAAGCUACUUUUCGCCUACACCGAUCAUGUGCUAGACGACGACAUGCAUUUUGUCAGUCUACAGUUCGUCGAGCAGCUUAAGCAGGAGCUCUGGGCCGUCCUGGCUGCGGACGCAUAA